UUUUUUUUUUUUGCAUUCUUUAGCUUUCAGUCGGUCGUUACGUUCUUUCUUCGGUAAACGGUCCGCCAUCUGGAGUGUGCUGUCCCGUGUUGGGAGAAUAGUUCUUGUGCCAACAGUUUACCCCGGGAUAAACCAGUGGUCUGUGUCUGUCAUCAGUUUCCGGCGUGUGUUUGUUGGCUCUGGUAGCACUGAACAGGAAGACAGACGCAGAGAGUCGUCUGAAGUGAGAGAGGAAACUGCUGUGGCUUCUUCGUCUGCCUCAGAAUGACUGAGUUCUGGGUUUGUUUCAGUUGCUGCAUUGCAGAGCAGCCACAACCGAAACGGCGGCGACGGAUCGACCGCUCCAUGAUCGGGGAACCGACAAACUUUGUUCACACCACACAUGUAGGCUCAGGGGACAUGGGUCUGGGAUUGGCAUCAGUGGACCUUGUUCAGGCCCAGAUGAAAUCUAAAGGGGGUUACGUGCAUGGUGGGUCUGAAGGUUCUCAGUUGUAACCAGCCCUUCACAUACUUGUGGAAACUACUGUUGUUGAUAUGAGGAAGCAGUUCUGUCUAUAAUGGAUGCAGGACCAAAAGAUGAAACUACUGCUUUUCCAUAAUGUUGUAUAUAUUUUUAUUUUCCAUUCCUUUUUUUAUGAAAGCACUGCUAUCCAUUUGCUGCCAUACUGUUGCACUGUAAAGAGUAACUGUUAAGAGUAGAUAAGAGGGUUUAGAAAGCUCACAAUCUCAGUCAGAUGAAUGCUUGUGUGUGUGUGUGUGUGUGUGUGUGUGUGUGUGUGUGUGUGUGUGUGUGCAUGAGGAAAAUAGUUUAGAAAUCUAUUCGCUGUUGUAGCUCAUUUGGAUGCCUGUAUUUAUUAUCUGAUUUGUUAACGGACCUCAUGGUGGCUGGGCCACACUGGAGAUUUGGAACAUUCAGUUUCCUUCUUUAUUCUCAGAGGUUUAUCAAAGGACAGGUAGAGGGAGCAAGGCAAAAAGCUUUCAUGGUUUUAUUCUGAGAAAUACUCAUUCUGAGUUGCUUUCAGGGUUGAAGAUUGCUGUCUCGUAAUAAACUUGAAAUGAGUAGAGUACACUGGACCAUACAUUGUACACUCACACUUGCUUAGGAAUUUUGCAUUGAUUUCAACUUUUUUUUUAAUUUUAUACUCAUUUAGAUCGAACCAUAUAGAAUUUUAAUAAACUAUGAACUUCCUAAUCUGCCUUCUGAAGUCAUGUUCGUUAUUUGUUUUACUAGUGUCAUUUGGCAGCUUGAUGCUGCAAAUACUGAGCUUAGUGGUUUCAAGAAGAUUCUUGUUUUUUGUAUAUGUAUUUUCUUCUCAAGGCUUGUGUACCAACAGUAGUAGUAGUAUCCAAAUCACCACUGCAAACACCUGCACCAAUGGGUCAGGUUUGACUUAAGUCAGCAGUAUUCUCAAACCUUGUAGUUUACCUAUUGUAUGUCCAUCACAUCCUUUCUGUAAGCUAGUUCGAACUGCUGUUCCUUAUUUCAGCACACUUUGUGUUACACAUUGUGUCUUAUCAUGACUUCUUAGAGUAUUUCUCUUGAUUUAAAAAGAAUAUAUCAUCUUUUUAUUAUUUUUUUCCUUUGGGCACCCUCAGUUUGGGCAGACAUGAUUUUGUCCCGUCGGACCUCAUAGAGCUGACAGACAGCUUACUAAAUGGCAUUCUGCCCAAUGUGACCCACCUUUGUAGCUGUGUGUGUGUGUGUGUGUGUGUGUGUGUGUGUGUGUAAGCGAGUGAUUAAGUUGCUUCAGUGUUUAAAGAUGUUUUCAUGUGAUGUAAACAUUAUUUUGUCAAAAAAACAUUUAAAAAGUACUAAAUGUAUUAAAUCCCCCUUCUGACCCUAAAUAUAAAUUUCAUUACAUUAUUCCAAGUUUGACAGUUAUUCUGUGUGAGCAGAACUUUCCCCCUCCUUUUCCAAGGAGAUCUAAUUUUCUUCUCAAGUGAGCUCUUAUUGCCUGAUUACACUGGUUGUCAAUUGUAAUAGUGAACACACUUUGUGGUCCCUUUUUUUUUCUUUGACUGGCUGGAACAUUUUCGUCCCUCAGUAUUGUCACACAUACUCAAAUUUCUGAUCCAGGCUCCGUUGAAAACACCUUGAUAAAAAUUUCAGAUAUUGACGGAGCAGCCUGCAGUGUGAAUAUACAGUUACAUAAAGGUGUACACUCUGCUCAUAAAUCAAACCAGCAGGCCUGGAUCUAUCAAUGCACACAGUAUUCGUCCUCCAUGUACAUCGUAUGAUCAUAACUAUUCCAACAAAAGAAUGUGGUUGUAUUGUUAAGUCAAGCAAAAGUCUGUGUAGAUUGGUGUUAAAUGAGUGCUGUCGUUAUACUGUAUAUGAUACAAGAAUUCCAUAUUUGGUGCUGGUACCAGACAACAUGAAACACCUGACAGAAAAUACCUAAUUGAUACAGUCACAUUUGUAAAAUCAUUUAUAGCCUUAAAACCACUUUCCCAACAUUCACCUACAGAUUUUAAUAAUGUGAUUCAUCGGGCUAAAAUAUUUUCAGAGAUCUCAUAUCUCAUCCUCUUUAAAUGUUAGCUGUAGUAAAAUCCUUUGUGAAAAGAGCUCAACGUAUGUGUAGACUAGUUUGUUUUUUCCAGCUCUGGGCUAAAUGCUGUAGUAAUGUGCAGACAACAGGAUUGCAGUAUAUUAUGUGACCAGCAGGCUGUGCUAGUGGACUGGUUGAAUGUGACUUAAAAAAAUUAUGGGAUUCCUGUCAUAGAACUUAUUUUAUGAUCAUACUGUAAAUACGUAACAUAAAAGGAAUGGAUCCAUGGUUUAUAUGUAUUCAGGGUCAUACAUAUUUUUGAUUACUUUUCUUGUAUAAUCUUCCUGGGAAGGCAGUUGGAGUAGUGUUUUUGUUGUUGUUUUUUUUGUUUGUUUCUCAGGAACUGCCUGAUAUGUAGUUCCCACUUGAAGGGAAAUUCAUCUGUCUUUUUCUGCAGUUUUCAGGAUUAAAAAAGGAGAAAUAAAUGUUCAAUGUUGAUACUUGA